AUGAACACAGACGAAGAAAAAAAAAAAGAAAAAACUCUUUCACUCCGGCGCCCACACUAUCAGCUCCCAGUCUCUGUUGUCUAUCCUGCCUGCUGGAGCUGGAAGAUGGACACGGAGAGUUGUUUGCCUUUCUCUCCGCAGACCAGCAGGAGGACGCCCGAGCACUCCCCGGGACUGGAGCACGGCCGCGGCUCCGGCUCCUUCCUGCCCUGCGACGAGCUGCAGAAGCCCCCGCAUCUGUCUCCUCACCCCCUGCCUCCUCACCGCCUCAGCCUGCGUGGGGACCUGUACGCCGCCGCCAUGGGCCGGUUCGGGGAUGGCGCGGCGGACUUUACGCACGGCGCGGCGCCCGGGAACCCGCCCGGCUCUCCGUCCAAACACAAUAAGUUCAUGGACAGUAUAAACCAGGAGCAGAAGGGGACGGGGAUCGGCGGCAAGUCGACGUUUUAUGAAAAUAACUCGGAAGUCAGAGAGAAAGGAACUCCAAAAACCAUGGGCUAUCCUGGGAUCGGCACAGACUGCUGCGGCAAGCUGAAGGAGCCGGGGGUCGGUUUACAGCAGGAGUCCAUCGCUGACUCCAUCGACUUAUCAGGCAAGAACAAGAAGCGACGCAAUCGCACCACGUUCAGCACUUUUCAGCUGGAAGAGCUGGAGAAAGUGUUUCAGAAGACACACUACCCGGACGUUUAUGCCCGCGAACAGCUGGCCCUGAGGACCGAGCUCACUGAGGCUCGGGUUCAGGUUUGGUUCCAGAAUCGUCGGGCUAAGUGGAGGAAACGGGAACGUUACGGGAAGAUUCAAGAAGUCCGCAACCACUUUGCUGCUACAUAUGAUAUCUCUCUUCUCCCUCGCCAUGAUACAUACCAGAUGCAGGGCAACCUGUGGCCAGGGCCAGCUUCAGGAGGAGGCGGUGGUUCCGGUGCUGGUUGUGUCCUCGGACCUGACUCCAUCCCCUCGUCCUGCAUGAGUCCAUACCCUCAUCCCCACGGCAACCUGCAGGGCUUCAUGGGUAUGCCCACAUCCCCCAGCCACCCACACCACCCCCACCACCACCACCACCACCACCACCCGUCUCACCAUCCCGGCAUCAAUGGCCUCUACUCGCUCCACGGAUUUCCUGGAGGCCUGGGGUCCCCCUCCAUCGAAGGGCCUGAGACCGAAUACAAGCCAACGGGCCUGGUGGCACUGCGGAUGAAAGCCAAAGAGCCGGGUAGCAUCCUCUCCUGGCCUACAUGA